AUGGAGUAUGACGAUGGCCCCAGCCUCUCCCAAGCGUUUCUGGCAGCAACCUUUGGCAUCGAGGCCCUGAUCGCGGGCCGGUUAGCGUACAGGGCAUGGAAUCAGAAGACGCCGCUAUUGAGGGCCUUGAGAUUUUUGAGGUGGACGUUGAAGUCGCUCAUCUUCGGUCCACCCAAGUCUGCGUCUGCAAGCUGUGACAUGAUUCGCAAAGAAGCGCUCGCGCUUCGCUACAGCAUCAGCCGCAAGAUCGUCGGGAUAAACACGGCGCUGCUGCUCACGGUUGUGGUUUUCAUGCAGCUGCGGCUGAUCUUUCGGCCGGAUUUGCCUGCUGUGAUUUCUUUUAACCUCUCUUGGACGAUCGUGGGCCACCUUCUCUGGAUGGCUGUGGCUUUUGUGGUGCCUCAGAUCGCACGAAAUGACCUUUGGUUCACUUUCUACUCGCUGCUGCUGGUGGCCUAUGUGCUGCCUUAUGUCGAUAGCCUGGAUGGGAGUACUCGAGUGGCAUAUAUAGUGUUCAGCCUCUUCCGAUUUCCAGCCAUUGUGAUGGCCAGGAGAGCCCAUCUUGUCUUGCUAAGCAACCUUCCUUUCCUCGGGACAAUCACGUAUCGGGCUCUUACGGAAGAGAGCGCGGAGAUGUAUGGUGGUGUGUCGGCCGUGCUGGGCAUGGAGUUCCUGCACCUCGUGCUCUUAGUUUCUGCGGCUUACGUCUUCGAUGCAUAUCUGGCGCAGAGAGUGGAACUCGCCAUGGAGAAAGGAAAUGCUGUGACGCAACUGAAUGCUGCCUCUGCCCUGCUGCAACUGACCUGUGAUGCAGUGGUUGAGUUGGACGAGGAGCUUCGCUUGACCGAGCAUUCCAACGAGCUUGCUGCAAUGCUGCUAAGAGACUCUGUGGCAGGAGGCCGAGGGGGUACGUUGAAAGGCGUGCUCUUUACAGACCUGAUGCCCCCUUUGGACGCCCCGCCGGCCAUCGCGAAGCUCUCGAUGUUCCGCAGCUCGGGGAGCAGCAGCCACGGCCCACCUGCCCAGGCCGUGCGAGCGCACGCAUUCCACACUCGCCUGGUGGACAGCUGGUCUACGAAGCUUCGAACGGAGGUUUUGCAGGUCAUGUACACCAAGAUGGAUGGGCAAACUUGCCACCUCGUCGGCCUGCGCGACUUCACGGACAGCAAGCCCUUUGCCCUAUCAAGAGGUCCAACAGGCGAUGGAGACGAG